UGGAUCUGUUUGCGUUUGAUCUGAUUAGACCGGUUUUUACGGAGGAGGACACCGGGUUCCCGAACUCCUACCACCCGUCUGAAAAGAGGAGCGCCGGCUUGUCACGUCCACUCAGCGGAACACCGACUUAAACCUGGAAGGAGGUGGAGGGGCAGUAAAGAACCGAGUCAGAACCGUGUAGUACCGCUGUGAGCUGGAAGCAGGGGAGGGGGGCAGCCCGGAUCCACACAGAGUUACACCGAGCCGGGUCUUCCGGUCCGAGACCUCAUGAAUGGAAAUCGGAACAACAGGAGCCCACACCUUGUUUACGUUGCCACGGCGACCUGGCUAUGGCUCCAUCGGAAAGCCAAUCAAGCUCCUGGCCAACUGCUUCCAGGUGGAAAUCCCUAAGAUUGACGUUUACCUGUACGAGGUGGACAUCAAGCCUGAGAAAUGUCCCCGACGGGUCAACAGGGAGGUGGUGGACUCCAUGGUGCAGCACUUCAAGGUGACGAUCUUCGGUGACCGGCUGCCAGUUUAUGAUGGAAAGAGAAGUCUCUACACGGCGAGCCCACUUCCUGUCGCCACAGCCGGGGUGGAUCUGGAUGUCACCCUGCCAGGCGAAGGUGGGAAGGACCGCCCAUUUAAGGUCACCAUCAGAUUUGUGUCGCUGGUCAGUUGGCAUCUGCUGCAUGAAGUCCUGACCGGACGCAGUGUUCCUGACCCGCUGGACCUGGACAAACCGAUCAGCACCAAUCCAGUUCACGCCGUGGACGUCGUCCUGCGACACCUGCCCUCCAUGAAGUACACCCCUGUGGGACGAUCCUUCUUCUCCUCCCCUGAGGGCUACGACCACCCGCUGGGGGGAGGAAGGGAGGUGUGGUUUGGUUUCCAUCAGUCGGUGCGGCCCGCCAUGUGGAAGAUGAUGCUGAACAUCGAUGUUUCAGCCACAGCCUUCUAUAAAGCCCAGCCUGUCAUCCAGUUCAUGUGUGAGGUGCUGGACAUCCACAACAUGGACGAGCAGCCGCGCUCACUCCCGGACUCUCACAGAGUCAAAUUCACCAAAGAGAUCAAAGGUCUUAAAGUGGAAGUAACCCACUGUGGAAGCAUGCGGAGGAAGUACCGGGUCUGUAAUGUAACCCGCCGGCCGGCCAGCCUGCAGACAUUUCCUCUGCAACUGGAGAACGGCCAGACGGUGGAGCGCACCGUGGCUCAGUACUUCAGGGAGAAGUACAACCUGCAGCUGAAAUACCCCCACCUGCCCUGCCUGCAGGUGGGCCAGGAGCAGAAGCACACAUACCUGCCUCUGGAGGUGUGUAACAUCGUUCCCGGUCAGCGCUGCAUUAAGAAGCUAACAGACAACCAGACGUCCACCAUGAUCAAAGCCACGGCCCGGUCCGCUCCGGACCGACAGGAGGAGAUCAGCCGCCUGGUGAGGAGUGCCAACUACGACUCGGACCCGUUUGUGCAGGAGUUUCAGUUCAGAGUGCGUGAUGAGAUGGCUCAGGUGACGGGCCGCGUCCUGCCGGCCCCCAUGCUGCAGUAUGGCGGCAGGGUGAGCUCUGAACCCUUUAUGAACCGCACGGUGGCCACGCCCAGCCACGGCGUGUGGGACAUGAGGGGGAAGCAGUUUCACACCGGAGUGGAGAUCAAGAUGUGGGCCAUCGCCUGCUUCGCCACCCAGAGGCAGUGCAGAGAAGAGAUCCUCAAGAACUUCACGGAGCAGCUGCGGAAAAUCUCGAAGGAUGCUGGGAUGCCCAUCCAGGGCCAGCCGUGUUUCUGUAAAUAUGCUCAGGGAGCCGACAGCGUGGAGCCCAUGUUCAGGCACCUGAAGAACACCUACGCUGGGCUGCAGCUCAUCAUCAUUAUCCUGCCUGGGAAAACGCCGGUCUACGCGGAGGUGAAGCGUGUCGGAGACACUCUGCUCGGCAUGGCCACCCAGUGCGUCCAGGUGAAGAACGUAGUGAAGACAUCCCCUCAGACCCUGUCCAACCUCUGCCUGAAGAUCAACGUCAAACUGGGAGGAAUCAACAACAUCCUGCUUCCAAACCAGCGACCAUCUGUGUUCCAUCAGCCAAUCAUCUUCCUCGGAGCGGACGUCACUCAUCCUCCAGCCGGAGAUGGGAAGAAGCCAUCGAUCGCUGCGGUGGUCGGCAGCAUGGACGCCCACCCCAGCAGAUACUGCGCUACCGUCCGGGUCCAGAAGCCCAGGCAGGAGGUCAUCCAGGACCUGGCUUCCAUGGUGAGAGAGCUCCUGAUCCAGUUCUACAAGUCGACGCGGUACAAGCCGACCAGGAUCAUCUUCUACAGAGACGGAGUGUCAGAGGGGCAGUUCAGACAGGUUCUGCACUACGAGCUGUUGGCCAUCAGGGAGGCGUGCAUCAGUCUGGAGAAGGAGUACCAGCCAGGGAUCACCUUCAUCGUGGUCCAGAAGCGCCAUCACACACGGCUCUUCUGUGCAGAUCGCAGCGAGCGGGUUGGACGAAGUGGGAACAUUCCGGCAGGAACCACUGUGGACACGGACAUCACUCAUCCGUAUGAGUUUGACUUCUACCUGUGCAGCCACGCUGGAAUCCAGGGCACCAGUCGGCCGUCCCACUACCACGUCCUCUGGGACGAUAACUGUUUCACUGCAGACGAGUUCCAGCUCCUCACCUACCAGCUGUGCCACACCUACGUCCGCUGCACGCGCUCAGUCUCCAUCCCAGCUCCGGCCUACUACGCCCACCUGGUGGCCUUCCGCGCUCGCUACCACCUGGUGGACAAAGAGCACGACAGCGCUGAGGGCAGCCACAUCUCAGGGCAGAGUAACGGCAGGGACCCCCAGGCGCUGGCCAAGGCCGUGCAGAUCCACCAUGACACCCUGAGGACCAUGUACUUCGCCUGAAUGCCCAUGGAGCUCCAGAGGCGAUCAGUGAUGAAGCCUGCUACUCCCUCCUGAUUGUCUUUAACUCUCUGGGUUUAUGUGCUGUGAAGAAAGCAGCCUGUUAGAACCUGUAGACGAAGCGGUCCUGAUCCAACUGCUGAGCAGCCUUAUGUGGGUGGGAGGUGAAAACUCUGCCAACAACAACCGGAUGAAGCGUUUGGAACCAGUGAUCCAGGCGUGAGAUGAGGACCGUUUGGGUUUUACUGCUCCUGAUAUUUAUGGAUCUUUUCUCUUUUUAACUUAAAUUCUCCUGAUUUCAGAUCCUUGUUUUAGUUUAGAACCGGUUCUGAUGUGCAAUAAGGUUUACUGAAACGGUUUUCAACUCCGCCUUCUAAUGGGUCGUCUUUUUCAAAGUGCCUGAUUGGGUUAAAAUCAGCUGGUACGAAGGGAACCUUUUAAUUGGACGGGUUCUUCCCAACAGGGUUCUGCUCAUUAGUCACAAACUAACAGCUUUAGAUUUAAGAAACCAAACUUGUUUUCCUGCCAGGCGAAACGUAGUGGGGUCUGUUGGUGUCAGAGAAGCAAGUCUGUUGGUGCUGGGUUGGAAAAUGUCUUCAAACUGGACUUUCUGACGGAAACCGUCUCUGUGGUUCGGACAUAAGCAGCGCCUCGUUAUGCAAUAACGAUCAGAUGUUUGGGUUUUCUGCUGCAGUGCCGCUGAGCCUCUUCUCUUUAAUCCAAACGAAGCUGUCGGAGCUUCAUCACUCGGACCAAACCUACGUGCCUGCUCGCUCGCAGCUUCGUGCCGAUUGGCUCGCCACGUCCAGCUGCUGUAAGAAUCAGAUCACACGUGUUCUGGCUCUGAACGUUUCUGGUGCUUCAUCAGAUGCUCUUUUAGGUUCUAAACCAUGAAACCAUCAGAACCGCUUGUUCGCGUCUGCAUCUAACGUGUUCAACAUGUUCGAUUGUAUUUGAAGGUUGGGACUGAGAAUGGACCUCCAGAACCUUUAGGCAGGACAUUCUCUCACAGAUGCCUUUAAGCUCCUCAAAUUGAAGCAUUUUGAGGUCCGCAUGAAGACAUAUUUAUAAUUAUAGAUUUGAACCAAAUGCACGUUUAGCCACUUUUUAUCUGAAAGAACCUAUUUAAGAACAGAAUUUAGGGAUAAUAAUCAGAUUCUGAGAUCAAGUUUGAAAAAUCCUUGAUUUUUGUUUUGUUUCGGGUCAGGUUCUGUUUAAAAAAUGUUCCGCCAUGACUUCCACUCUGACCUUUUAGUUCUGGAGUUAAACCUGGACCUAACUGAACCUGACUGGACGGUGAUGACUCCUUCACAAAUGAAAUGGUGGAUGGUUUGAUUCUGGGACUAAAGUGGGUUUUACAAAGCAAUUCUACAACGUUCUGGUGCCGUUUCUUGACUUUUACUCCAAAUGGAGUUUUUUGGUUUUGUUUUUAGUUUAGUUUCUGUUUCAGAACCUGCAGCAGUUUAUCUGAAACGCCAUAACUGUGAUUGGACAGUUUGAACCACCACCGUCCAAUCAGGUUCAGGUAUGAAAGAACGGCUCAAAUGAAAACUUUUAACUCUAAAUUCAUGAAUUUUGAACUUUUAACGGAAAGAUUUAGGUUCGUGCAUCUCUUUCAUAAAUAGAUUUUAUUUUCAGAAACUGGCUUUUGCUUUUAAAUAAUUGAAUUUUGAGCCAAUUUUCUUUCAGUAAAGGGACAAGUAGAGAUAAAACAAAUUGUAAAAGUUUUGCUUUUAAAUACGUGAAAAAUGAAAUCCCUGGAAAACAGAAAUGAAACAAUCGAGCCGGGGGUGUUCUUCUAGGUAGCUCCAGGUUGGGUCCAGGUGUCUCCAGCACAUUUCAUGCCAGUUUUCACAGAUUAAUGCAGAGUUUUCUGUGGAUGACGUGGCUGGUUUUUCCACCUCAGAACCAGAAGAAUCCAACCCGGUGGAUCUUUGCCAGAACGGCGACAUCUAGCGGAACAACAGAUAAUAAACAGCAUUUUAUUCUUUGCUAUAAAUUUUAUUUAGUUAUUCCUUCUAACUUUGAGUGUGAAAAUAAAAAGCAGCUCAUAUUUAAUUUAUUUUAUAUUUAAAAAAUAAACAAAAUGUUUUGGUUUUUUUUGCUCAUUUUUGAAAACGAAUCCAAAUUAUUCGCUGAUCCGUUUUCUGCUGAUGUUCCAUAUUUGUUCAUUUAUCUUGUAAAACUUUAAAAGAGGUGCUUAUUAAAAGUCGAAAUGUAUGUUACUGCGGCACAGAUCAAGGUUUAAACUCCAGGUUCUGACUUAGUGAGUGACCCUUUGGACUCCAGAACAGAACCAGACAUCAUCUUCCAAACAGGAUUCUGCUGCAGGUUCAACAACAUGAUGGAUCCGAUUCUUCUUGUUCUGCCUCAGAGCUGUUUUUAUUAGAGAGGGAAGGUUCUGAAGUGUCCCUUUGGACCCAUGUGACCGUUACAGACUGUGCCUUUGCUGAUGGUGCUGAUGAAGUUCUGGCCUACAUUAAUAUGUGCAGAUCUGUGACCCCGCUGUCAUGUGUUGUAAUGUUUGUGUAAUGCCAAGUAAAUAAAAUAUGCAGAACUUGAACUUUCGGAACGGACCGGGCCAAAAAGCCCGUGAGUGAUCAUGGAAACUCUGGAGCACGACCGGAAUCCAAACACCACUGUUGGUACCGAGUGUGUCAGUGUGGAUGUGAUGAAGCGUAUUCAUUUCAGUCUCCAUGUGUGGGCUGCAGCGCCCCCUUCUGUCAGUUCCUCCUUUAUGUUUUCAAACAACAGCAAUAACGGGUCGGAACUCUGCAGUGGGUCUGUCGGACUCUGGAAACACGAAGGAAGAAAUCUCUGCAGGUUGCACUUAAAAACUAGCGUUGAAUCCUGAUACUGUAAGAAAACUGUUUUCUCUCUUAUUUGGAGCCUUUUUGUCGUAUUUAAUUUUUUGAGUAAAGACAUUGAAACAAGUUGA